AUCAGCAUUCUGUCUGCAUUUUAUGGACGAAGAGUAUCUGGUGAAAAUUUAUGCCCAAAUCCCAUUAUAUCAUCUGAGGAAAAUACCAACUGUAUGUCGCCAACAGCAAAUCAGAAAGUGGAAGAUGAAUGCCAAGAUAAGCGUACAUGUCACUUUUCAGUCAACAGCCGUUUGUUUGGACCAGAUCCCUGUCCGGGUACACACAAGUACCUCCUUAUCACCUAUAAGUGCAGACCUGACAACCACAAAACUAAGACUGUGUGUGAAAACAAGAAACUGAAGCUGCAAUGUAACAACAAGAUGGUCUUGGCCAUUUAUUCUGCCAGCUACGGGAGAUGGCAUCAGAGCACUACGCAAUGUUCUCAUGGCAACAGCACACAGCCAGAUAUCGAAUGCUUGUCAAAGCUGGCCCUGAAAAAGGUUUCUCGGCGAUGUCAUAAUAAGCAGAACUGUACCUUCUUUGCAGAUAAAGCAACAUUUGGGGACCCCUGUUACCCAGGGGUGAACAAGCAGCUCAGCAUCUCCUAUAUGUGUGUGCCAAAACAGCUGCUGGAGGAAGCGAACAACGGACAGAGAGUACCUGAUCCAUUUUCACUGGCUGACUACACGCAUGGUCUGCCAGAAAAGGUGGGACUAUAUUUUGUUUGUGGAGUCUGCACUGGCUUGGUGUUCCUGUUCUGUUUGUUUGGAUCCAAGAUCCCAAUAAAGCAUGACAUCAUUAAAUUCUGCACAGAGGAUGAGAGUAAAGGUGACGCAGAUCAUGUCAGCGGGAAACUGAAAGAGGAGGAGGAGGAAGAUGCAGAGGAUGACAGCUCUUCUGAGUCUUCAUUUCGACACCUGACUCGGACAUACCACGUCUCUGAAAAUAUCUUCAGCCCUGAUAUCACAGCUAAGAUGGUAGCACGGGCAGAGCAGAGACAGCAAGAUGAGGAGGACAUCUGGCUACAGCAGGAGUCCAGUCCGUACUCCAUUCACAAAGUGAAGUCAGCGACCAAGUGAAAGCAGAAAGGAGGCAAACUGCAGCUGCAUGGAUAUAGGCCUUAAGUUGCCUAAUACCUGCAAAAUGAUGUUAAGUAAUGCUAGAAGACAAGUAAUAUCUGCCUUUAUUGUGGUGCACUGCUAAAGUUAUUAACAUUUAAAAUAAAACAAAAACUUUAAUUGUAAAAAUGUCA